AUGAGCAGAGCACGAGGUAUUGUGCCCUUGCUUCUGGCGACUGCACUGGGAAUUGGCAAUGGUAUGUCUAAUGACUCUCAUCGCUUGUAUGCUGACCUGCCAUUAAUGGCGGAAUUUGACAAACAAGCAGGAAUUUGGGUGUUUGGACCUGCUUUCAAAGAGGAGAGGGAGCAAAAAGAGGCUGCUCACAGAUCUCUCAGUAUCAAGCAAGAUGAGCCGAAAGCUGUCGACGGGGCCGCGUUAAAUUCUAGCAAAGAGACACUUAAGCACGGAGAACCGCUUGUGGAAAGAGAAUCGAGAUCCUGGUGGCCGAAUAUGCCAACGUCGUCCACUGCAGGCAAUGGAAAGAAAGAUUGA